GUCACAAUUCUAACCUGUUGCUUCGUUUAACCUUCCUUCCAGCAUUGCCAGUUGCCAGUUCCAAAUCAGCAACGUAGUCUGACAAACCGGUGUUUUUAAUAUCCGUAUUAAAAUCAAAAACAUGACCAAUUACCACAAACCAGAAGCAAAAUUAGUGCAAGAGUUGAAAGACAUCGCCAAUAAAAUUAGAAUCCACUCUAUCACUUCAACACAAGCAGCAAAAUCAGGACAUCCAACGUCAUGCGCCUCCAUAGCAGAAAUUCUGUCUGUUCUAUUCUUCAACACCAUGCGUUACAAAGUAACAGCGCCAAAAGACCCAUCAAGUGACCGAUUCGUACUCUCAAAGGGUCAUGCUGCACCUGCCUUAUACGCUGUUUGGGCUGAAGCUGGUCUUUUUCCAACCAGCGACUUACAAAAUUUGAGAAAAAUCGAUUCAGAUUUAGAAGGUCAUCCAACGCCAAGGCUUAACUUUAUCGAUGUUGGUACUGGAUCUCUUGGUCAAGGUCUAGCUGUCGCUGGAGGAAUGGCUUAUGUAGGAAAAAAUUACGAUAAAGCUAAUUACAGAGUAUACUGCCUUAUUGGAGACGGUGAAAGUGCUGAAGGGUCAAUUUGGGAAUCAGUUCAUUUUGCUAGCUACUACAAACUAGACAACCUUGUAAUGAUAUUCGAUGUUAACCGUCUAGGUCAAAGUGAGGAAACCUCUCUUGGCCACGACGUUGAUACUUAUCGUAGGCGUAUCGAAUCAUUUGGAGUACAUGCCAUUGUAGUGGACGGACACGAUGUCGAAGAACUAAUCAAAGCACUCUAUACAGCAGCAAACACCAAAGGAAAACCAACUGCCAUUAUAGCAAAAACUUUUAAAGGAAAGAACUUUCCUAAAAUUGAAAACUUAGAUAACUGGCAUGGAAAAGCUCUUGGGGAAAACUCAGAAAAAGUGAUAGCACACCUAAAAACACUCAUUAAAAAUCAAGGACCACCACAAGUACAUCCUCAAAAACCAUUAAAAGAUGACGCUCCAAACGUAGACAUUUCUAAUAUUUCUCUAUCUUCUCCUCCCAGUUACAAACUAGGUGAUCUAAUCGCCACAAGAGUAGCCUAUGGAACUGCUCUUGUAAAAAUAGCACAAAACAAUUCUAGAGUUAUUGCUUUGGAUGGUGAUAUGAAAAAUUCUACCUACUCAGAAAAGCUAAAGCAAUAUGACGCGUCCCGGUACAUUGAAUGUUUUAUUGCUGAACAAAGUCUUGUUGGUACUGCAAUUGGAGCUGCUUGCAGAGAUAGAACAGUUCCAUUUGUUUCGACCUUCGCCACAUUUUUCACAAGAGCUUUUGAUCAAAUAAGAAUGGGCGCUAUUUCGCAAACCAAUGUAAACUUUGUAGGAUCACAUUGUGGAGUGAGUAUAGGAGAAGAUGGACCCAGUCAGAUGGGUUUGGAAGAUCUUGCACUAUUUAGAUCCAUUCCUGGUAGCACAGUGUUCUAUCCCGCUGAUGCUGUAUCUACCGAGCGUGCUAUCGAACUUGCCGCAAAUACAAAAGGAAUCACAUUUACAAGACUCAACAGACCCAAUACUCCUGUUAUUUAUUCAAACAAUCACGUAUUUGUAGUUGGUAAAGCAAAUGUAGUAAAGAAAAGCGACACAGAUCAACUUGUACUGAUUGGAGGAGGUGUAACCCUACAUGAAGCUAUGACAGCAUCCACAAUGCUUGCCAAAGCAGGUAUCAAUGCAAGAGUAAUCGAUCCAUUCACAGUAAAGCCAAUUGAUAAAGAAACAAUUGUAAAUAAUAUCAAAGAAGCGGUGGCCGUGCCAUAGUUGUUGAAGACCACUACUACGAAGGUGGUUUGGGAGAAGCUGUAAUUUGCUGCAGUUGCCAUGGAAAGAAACAUUAUUGUUAAACAUAUUGCAGUGCCCACCGUUCCUCAUUCUGGGCCCCCAACUGUACUUUUGGACAAAUACGGAAUUUCUGCAAAGCACAUUUAUGCUGCAGCACAAGAAAUACUAAAACUUUGAGAUAUGUUGUACAGUUUUAUUUCUAAAUAUUUCCUGUCAUUCAGCUUCAACAUCAUUCCAUUUUGCAAGGUCUUUGAGGAUAUUUUACUAAUAAAUGCGUAGUAAAUAA